CGCGCUCAGCGGCGGCGGUGUUGGUGCCGCAGGGAGCGGACGGACCCGAGGUGAAGGUGGGGGGCUAGGGUCCACCGCCCGCGGCCGAGUCCGCGCGCCUCUCCUACCCUCCCCGCGCCCCCCGUGUGGCCCCCACUGCUAACAGUCGCGCGGCCAAACGCGGCCCACGGGCAGGGCGCGGAAGGGGAGUAGACGCGAGGCCGGGGACGAGCGGGGGGGGGGCGGCGAGGGAGGGGCGCACCCACCACCCCUCCUGGCCUACAGCGACCCGCCUACAUCGCGGGACGGGGACCCUCGCAUGGGCUGCUGCAGGGGCCCGGGUUGGGCUUGGGCCCUGAGGUCACAGAGCAGAUGGUCCCAAAUGGAGCACAGGAUGUGUGGAGUAGCCUCUGUCUGCCUCCAACCCAGGACCCGGCCCCCUGAGUUCUGAGUCCACCCGCUCUUACGCCUCUGUGAUCAGAAUCAGACCUCUUCACCUGUCCAAGCCCCAGCUUCCUCAUCGGCAAGCUGGCUAUGAAGAGGCAAGACUCCUGACUGUGGCCCAUGGACCUCUGAGGAGGCGUCAUAAGUCCGCCCAGCUCCCCGCUUGCUGUGCUCCCACUCAAUGGGAAGGGAACCAAGGCCUUGUCCAGCCAUCAGCCACGGCCUCUCGACAGCACCAGGAUGGAAGUCAAAGGUCAGCUGAUCAGCUCUCCCACCUUCAAUGCCUCAGCUGCCCUGUUUGGAGAGGCUGUCCCCCAGAUGAAGUCAGAGCGUCUGCGGGGGCUGCUCGACCGGCAGCGGGCCCUACAGGAGGCCCUGAGCCUGAAACUUCAGGAGCUCCGCAAAGUGUGUCUCCAGGAGGCGGAGCUGACUGGCCAGCUGCCCCCCGAGUGCCCGCUGGAGCCUGGUGAACGGCCCCAGUUGGUCCGCCGGCGGCCCCCUGCGGCCCGAGCCUACCCUCCGCCGCACCCCAACCCAGCACACCACUCCUUGUGCCCUGCUGAGGAGCUGGCUCUUGAGGCGCUGGAGCGUGAGGUGUCUGUGCAGCAGCAGAUUGCGGCCGCCGCCCGCCGCCUGGCCUUGGCCCCUGAGCUGAGCAUCGAGCAGCGCCGGCGCCGGCGCCAGGUCCAGGCAGACGCGCUGCGGAGGCUGCAUGAGCUGGAGGAACAGCUUGGGGACCUCCGGGCCCGCCUUGGCCUCCCGGUGCUCCCACCACCGCAGCCCCUACCCCUGUCCACAGGGGCAGUUAUCACGGCCCAAGGAGUCUGCCUGGGCACACGCCUCGCUCAGCUCAGCCAAGAGGACGUAGUUCUGCACUCCGAGAGCAGCUCCCUGUCAGAGUCUGGAGCCAGCCAUGAUAAUGAGGAGCCCCGCAGCUGCUUCCCUCUGGCUGAGCGCCCCUCGCCGCCCAAAGCCUGGGACCAACUGCGGACAGUGUCAGGGGGCAGCCCUGAGCGGCGAACCCCAUGGAAACCACCGCCGUCAGAUCUUUAUGGGGAUUUGAAGAGCCGGCGGAACUCUGUGGCCAGCCCCACCAGCCCCACACGCUCGCUGCCCAGGAGUGCCUCCAGUUUUGAGGGGCGAAGUGUGCCUGCCACCCCUGUCCUCACCCGGGGCGCUGGCCCCCAGCUCUGCAAACCCGAAGGCCUCCAUUCUCGCCAGUGGUCCGGCAGCCAGGACUCCCAAAUGGGCUUCCCCCGGGCGGACCCGGCCUCCGACCGUGCCUCCCUCUUUGCAGCCCGCACCCGCCGCAGCAACAGCUCUGAAGCCCUGCUUGUGGACCGGGCGGCUGGCGGGGGAGCUGGCUCCCCGCCGGCGCCUCUGGCUCCCCCUGCCGCUGGCCCCCCGGUCUGCAAGAGCAGUGAGGUGCUAUACGAGCACCCCCAACCAACCCCUGCCUUCUCCUCCCGCACAUCCGGCCCCCCAGACCCUCCCCGGGCUGCCCGGCCUAGCUCAGCUGCCCCCGCCUCCCGAGGGGCCCCCCGGCUCCCACCUGUGUGUGGGGACUUCCUCUUGGACUAUUCCCUGGACCGGGGCCUGCCCCGCAGUGGUGGUGGGGCAGGCUGGGGGGAGCUGCUGCCUGCGGCUGAGGUCCCAGGACCCCUCUCCCGCCGGGAUGGGCUCCUCACCAUGCUUCCAGGUCCACCACCUGUAUAUGCAGCUGACGGCAGCAGCCCCCUCCUCCGCAGCAAGGAUCCCCACACCCGUGCUACCCGCACCAAGCCCUGUGGCCUGCCCCUGGAGGCCACCGAGGGUCCAGAGGUGCAUCCCAACCCUCUGCUGUGGAUGCCCCCGCCCACCCGUAUCCCCCCGGCUGGUGAGCGCAGUGGUCAUAAGAACCUUGCCCUGGAGGGGCUGCGGGACUGGUACAUCCGCAACUCGGGACUGGCCGCCGGGCCCCAGCGCCGGCCUGUUCCCCCCCACAUGGGCCCGCAACACCCACCCUUCCUCCAUGCCCGCUGCUAUGAGGUGGGCCAGGCGCUGUAUGGGGCCCCCAGCCAGGCGCCGCUCCCGCACUCGAGGAGUUUCACGGCACCCCCUGUCUCCGGCAGGUAUGGGGGGUGCUUUUACUGAUGGGUAGGGGUCUCUGGAGGCAGAUGGCAAAGGUGUCCAGGCUGGGUAGCAGCCAGUCAUGGUAGCUAAUGACUCAGACCACGAGAGAACUAGCUGCGGCCUCGGCACAGGGUCAUCAGGCCCUGCCUAACCUGCAUGAGUCCGUGGGGGCUUGGUGGAGAGGGGUGUCUUGGGCCCUGGCAGCAGCAAUUUUCCACCAAGCCAUAGAAGAAUUGUAAUAUUGGAACAAAACAGUGCAUGUCAGCUGAAAUGAGCCUUGAAAGCAGGGUGCUGGGAGGAAGGGCCUCCCGGGCCCCUCGUUUUUCUCUUCUUCCUUUUUGCUGUGCUCCCCAUGCUUGCAAGCCCAGACGUGCUCUCCUGUGUCUGCCUCCGCCUCUUUAACGAGCUUCUUUUCCUCUCUUUCUGUGUCUUGUUUGUCUUUUCCUCUCUCCUCUGUCUUGCCACCCUGUCUGGAUUCCUGCUACCCCUUCUAAAGAUACUACGCGGAUUUCCUGUAUGCUCCGGAGCUGAGCGCUCGUUUAAGUGACCUGACGCUAGAGGGGGAGCAGUCCUCCAGUUCUGACCCCCAGACCCCGGGGACACUGGUCUGACCCCUUCUGAUACGCUCCUUGUUGGCCUGGGCACGGCUUUAGUCUGGGGAGCACACAGCUGACCUCGCUGAACCCUGGGGUGUGGUUGCUCUCAGUCCUGGGGGGGUGCCGAACCUGAUCUUCCAAGGCCCCUGGCACCUUGUGGACCCACGAAGGUGUCUGACACCCUGUUUCCCCUCUCACACUGUGCUGGGAACUGGGGCCCUCAGCCAGCUUAAAAGAGGGAGGAUGGUGUAAUGGGGACUCUGAGCCCCUUCUUCCAUUUCUGUUUACAGUUGUGAUUUAGAUAUUCGCUGUCUUCCCCCAACGCUAGACGUUUUAUAAAAGGGAAACUGUGAUCUCGUCCUGGUUGGGCUCAUUCCUGUCCCCAUGCCCAGCCUGUUCCAUUCAGGAACCCCCUCCACAAAACGGAUCAUAUAGGGUCUCAUGGCCCUGUUUGGGGCAGCCAGGAGACUCGUGUGAACAGAACCCCCUGCCACCCCCCACCAGGGCAGUUAUUGGGGAGGUGGGCUCUCUGCCUGCAAUUGGAAAGACUGAAGUCUGGGUAGGGGGCUUGGGUUCAUUUUCCUACCCCCAGGGGUGCCAGAAGGAGCCCCAGUCCCUGUCUGCCUGUCUGUGCCCGCUGCCUCUGCCCACAGGACUAGAUGGCCCAGCGUUUGGUGGCAGCCUCUGCCCUAUCUGUCCCCAGUCAGGAAGCCCUGCAGGAGGGGCCAGAGGGCAGAGCCAUCGGGUGUGUUGUGUCCUGGGAUGCUGCGGUGGUGGAAUCUGGCAUCUGGUGGAUGCCAGUAAAAUCCUCAGGUGACGUCUGGCCACAGGCUACGUCACGUCUUCCUUGGCUUUCGUUCCAUCCACCACUUUUUAAAUCUAUACAAGCUGUGUUUUCUAUGAUACCUAUCUGUGACUUUCUGGAGCUGGGGGUCCCCCUACCUCCUUUACCUGGUGUUAAACUUUUCUUUUUCUACCAAUGGACCUGGGCCCAAGACACUACCCACACUGGAAGGGGAUUUCUAUAAUAAAUGUGUAAACUGAACCCAUGUGUUACUCCUCUGUCUGCCUUGUCUUGGGGGCCCACACCUGUAGUUAAGACCAGAUAAUAUAUUUUUAUGACUCCAUGUGAUAAGAAAUAGAACACUGGAAACAGCCCGUGAUAAUACCAUCUACUUUGGCUUUUCUUGCUGUGAUGUGGGGUCACGUCUUCCUGUCUGCACUCAGAUUGCUGGCCUGCCCUGAACAAGAGUCCUCAGUAAUACAAGUGAUAGGAAACACCCUGCCCUUAACUACCUUGUGUGUUAAUGCCACGCCAGAGAUAACAGGUUCGAGGGAGGAACUGAGAGCUCACCCCUU